CUCUCCAAAGCAUAUACUCUGACCAGCAAAACAUUUGAAAAUGAACUCCAGGCCUGGCGAUCCCGCGCGUGGCCCCCUCACGAAAGGCUCCUCGAUUGCGCCAGGCAACACCCAAAGCCAUGGCUCUCUUGUUGAAGCAGAGCAGAGGCACCAGCCGGACAAUCUCGAACAUCCGCCUUUCAAACGACAGCGAACCGAGACCGUUCCAGUCAUAGCCCCCACUAUCAACAACCAGAUCCAGCAGAAUGGCAACUCUCAGACUGUUCCUCAUUGGGGAAGGCAGGACGUCUUUAUCCAAUGCCUCGCAAAUCAAGUGUUCCCGCACGUCGACCGGGAGCUAGCAAAUUUGCCCAGAGACAAAUACGACGUACAAAAGAUAGGAACAAAGGAAUAUCGGUUCAAAUCGUACACGCCGGUGCCCGUCCCCAAGGUUCCAUCUGUCCUGGCACCUCCCCAGGCUCCUUCCGGCUAUGCCUCAGCCCCGCUGCCGCCUCCGCCUCCGCGUCCGGGCUCGGCUAUAGCUCCUACAUUCCCCGCGGCUGAUGAACGUCGCUAUUCUAACUCUCCGAUACCUCUUCCAGCAGUACCUGGGCGUCAGGAAGCACACGAAGGUGUAAACCCUCCUUCGGGGCUGCGAUACCCUCAUGCUCCGGUUUCCAGUCAUGCGACGACAGGAAUUCACCGACCGACCAUACUGCCGCCUCCGCCCUCGACACAGGUUAUUACCAUUAAGGACGAUGACGAGGAAAAACAAGGCAAGGGAACACCAUCAGCGGCCACAACAGUGCCUCAACCAAAUUCAACCGCUAGACCGCCGAUGGUUCUGGACCCACCGUCGGCAUCUGUCGCCCAGCCCUCUGUUAGCAACCUACCUGUCGAUCUACCCGAAAACUUCGUGCCGGAACCGAGGAGGCGAGGCCGAGUAUCUCGAUGGCGUAAACGCGUCGAAGAAGAGCAGAGGCCGCAAAAUCGUGGCAUAGUUACAACGUCGGCACAGAAUUAUCGAAGUCGAGCGCAUGCUUUGGUCUGGCGGGGACACGAGGACAGUGUUGAUUCUCGAGGUUUAUCAUCGCGGCUGUUCAGUGAGGCUAAACGACCAUAUCUGUCAGCGGAGCAGAGGGCCAACAUUUCAGCUGGUGUGCAAGGCUUUGUACGGUUUGACGAUUCCGUGCUCCCUCGACCUACAAUCUUCCAUGUCGACUUUACCGCCGAUGAAAUCAAGGCUCUGCGGAACCUUUGUCGAAGAGUCCUUGGCCUGUCAUCUGGGAGUCGGAAGCAAGAUCUUGCUAAAGAUCUCCGAAAGCAGCUCAAGAAGCAUCGCGGAGACAUUGUCAAGGUCUUAGAUGCCAUCCGGUCGGAAAGUGAACUUUCGCGUCGAAACAGGACAGACGUUGAACGAUUCCUCCAUGACCUAGUUAAUCACAAGGUAGCAGGGGAUCCCUCGAUUCUUGCCUUGAAGAGGGAUAAGUACGACUUGCACGGUGAGCUUGCUCGUUCGAGCCAGAUUAAUUCACUCCUCUUUGCUAGGGAAACCUCUGGUAACCGCGGCACGGCUUUGCGGGCUCCCUUGAACUUCCCGAAUGAGUUCGUCAAGUGUCGCGAGGAUGAGUUGGAGCUGCGGAGAGAAUGGACGGAUUGUGCCGGAGAUAUUGCGACCAUUGCCUGGGUCUCGAACGACGGUUUCAUUUGUGGGACAACAGAGCAUUCGGAUGCUCAUAAUCAGCAGUACAACAAGCCUGGUAACCUCGUUCUCGGAUCGUGCAGCCAAGGCACUUUGCGGGCAUAUUCUGAUCAUCGAAUUGUCCGUCCGGUUGUCGAAAAGGGCGAGAACUCGACCGAUGCUAUGAGACAGAGUCAAGAUCCGUGGCUGUACUCAUCUGUUGUUUCCUCGGACUAUGACGAUGUCCACGGUCGGGCAUUUACUUCUGGGUUUGACCGGAAAGUCAAAGUCUGGAAGGUAGACCCGUCCGGCUCCUCCAUGGUUUUGUUGGGCGAGUGGUCUCACGGGGGUAAUGUCAACUUUGUGGCUGCCUCAAAGUAUGAGUCGACAACGGCCAUGGUUGCAACGGCAGCAGAUGUUCCUACGGACGCUGUGCGCAUAUACAAUAUCCACAGCAACGACUCGAUUUCGACCAGCCCGUAUCGGUCUUUUUCUUGCUCCCGGGUGGAAGACGCAGAGGGUAACACUGUUUCAACCGAGAGAUGGGCCUACUUUCCUGCCACUAUGCAAUGGGGUCGCUCGCCAACCGUUCGGCAUCUGCUUUUGGUGGGCUACUCACCUCGCAGCAGGACAGGGGAUGACCUUGAUAUUCCUCCCGACCGUAGGGAAACGGGGGAGCUCUGCCUUUGGGAUGGUCUUACAGGGGAAAGGUGGCGGAUAACAUCCGCUACAACCCAGAAUGUUUUUGAGGUUCUAUGGCAUCCCAGUCAAGCCUGCUUCAUAGCGGCCACUUCACCACUGGGUCUGGACCUGGACUAUAACACCCGUACCCAAAUCAGGGUCUUUACCCCAUCCCCCGUUUCUGAACAUGGCGAAAAGUCAUUCAGCCCUAUUCAAACACUAGAUUGCUGGGCGCUCGAUAUUAAUGAGCUUACUGUCAUGCCCAUCAGCUUCGGUUCCUGCUACAUCACGGCGGGAUGCACAGACGGAAAUACAUACGUUUGGGACACCGCUCAAGGUGACAAGCCGAUCCAUACUUUACGUCAUGGAGAACCUAUUGAGGAGUUUAGAGGUGAUCGUGAACACGAGGAUGUAGGCGUCAAAUUUACCGCGUGGGGAAGAACUCUUGACCGAUUUUAUACCGGUUCAUCCGAUGGCGUGGUAAAGGUCUGGAAUGUGCGAUCCCGCGACCCACUGGUCCGCGACCUCUUGGAGGUUCCUGCACCCAUUUCCUGCGGCAUGUUCUCACCCGACAAGUCCAGGCUGGUCAUUGGCGAUGCUAGUGGACGAGUCUUCGUCUUGUCACUCAACGAACAAGAUGAGGGAGACCACAACGACCGCACCUUAUUUAUGCAUAUGAAAAUCCCGGGGCAAAAAUCGCCAAAGAGGAUUCGGCGUCCGCAAUCUAUCAUUCCACACCCGGAACCAGAGGCACCCACUCAUGAUGCUCAAGGUCGGCUGUUGUAUUCGGAAUCCGGUAUCUCAAGAGGACGAUCUUAUUUGGCCAAGCUGCAGCUUCAACAACUGCCAGACCGUACUCUCGGCGUCGUCCAAGGCCCGAAUUAUGUCGAGACCGGCUUAUAUCGGCGCGAAGCGCAUUUAGACGAGGAUCCUCGCUUGCCGCUCAAAGCUAGCUUCAAUGGAUUGCAGCAAGAAACCAGACGGCAGUUUAGCGAAGGGGUGAGACGGUAUCUUUCACCGUUGAGAUCUAUUACGAAAGAGAGUUUCCUAGAAGCGAAGGAAACCCAUUCCACAAACCUGCCACUGGACUUUAGCGUUGAUCUCUUGGAAGAGGAGACUAAGCAGGCUCUCGAAGCUGAAGGCGUAGACUGGCAGCUGAACGAAGGAACAUUGGAUCUUGUUUAUGAGGAUGAUGAGAACGACAAUGACGACCUUGUAUCCAGCGGUGCUGAUGGGAGCGACGUUGAUGAAUUCUAAUUAUUCAAGAGUUCUAUGUAAUUAGCGAUCCAAAGAGUAUAGUACAUUAUUCUAGCUUAACGAAAC